AUGUCUCAGCCAAACACGCCAUUCGAUGGAGCCACUGAAGACCCGUUUCUUUCGUCUUCAGAUCAGUUCUCCCAGGCCGACUUUGAGGAAUUAUUUGGCUCUGGUGGUUCGGAUGGAGACAUCUUCUCAUCGAACAAUAGCGAAGUGUUUGACGGCACUAACUUCACAUAUGGAGAUGCCUUACUAGUACCUGUCGACUCAUCAAGCCUCUCUGUCAUAUCGACACCUGAACCCUCAGCUCACAGCUCUAAUCGUCGCUCAUUAGCGUAUCCGACUCCAGAAGUGGACAAACCACACCCUUACCCAUUUGAAACUAAUCGACCUUACGAAGCGAGUAUACCUCAGUCCAUCUUCAAUUCUCGACCUUUUCCCAUCAGAUCAGAGACUAACAAUGUCCACCUCUAUUCAACACAGCUGGUGCAGCCCGCCAGUCGCCGACGAUCACUCAGUCAUGGCGAUAUGGACCGAGUCGUAGCAGCAAGCAUACCGAAUCCAACCUUCAUCCGUCUCCAAGCACCACGUGCCAGAACUAUACCGGAGGAACUCCGGGGGAGAGACCUACACUUGCGCUGCGGUAUGUUGCUAACCCCGAUCGGAACGCCGUUGAACGUAGUGGAAGGCACCGACUGCGACACCAACAUCACUCAUCAAAACCACAGCAUAGAAAAUAACAAUCCGUUUUUCCCUUCAUUUACAGAGGGUCUUCUCUUUCGACAAAUGUCGCGUCCAGAAGAACUUGCGAGAAGCCGGCAGAUUAUCGAAAUUGGAGCCCUUGCCGUCACCAGUCACAGUAGUAUUGGCCCUAGGCUUCAACCAUACACUUCUGCAUCAAACCAAGAGCGUAUCUCGAAGAAACUGGUUAAUAUCGAAGAGCACUUAGGGAAGAGCGGAGGCGCGGAGGCGCUUCGCAGUUGCAAAACGAUACGGAAGGUCUUGAUUGGGACGACAGAGUGUGAAGAAGAGACAAAGGGUAUGGAUGGAGUGUUGAAAGAUGAUGGAAACACAGCAGCAAAUAUCCCUAAGGAAGCAUAUUCCGAUCUGUCCAAUGGUUGCGAUGAUAACGAGACCAUGGCAAUGUUGAUGAGUCAACAUGGGGUUAGGGAAGGCGGAGAUGAGUAAGUUGGAGAUGGCGAAUGAUGAGAUUGGAAAUCAUUCAUAUUAAACACUGAUAUUGGUCGCAUAGCGAGAGCGUUUUUGGCAUGUUUUCUUAUUUUAAUGUUUGACUUCACGAUGGUAAGAUUAGAGAGGUAAACUUUUGGGAUUUCAAUGGCGUGGCGGAAAAUUUGGCAACAUAACGAAAAUUGAU